GUAUGCAUCAAACAAAAACGGAUUGUUUGGUAAUCUGGUUGUAAACAAAAUUACUUAUGGUUUAUAUCAAGUUUAAAUAUGUCUAUGGUGCAAACAAAUUAAUUAUAAAUAAAAAAUUAUUAAUUAAUACCCUUUUGUUUUCAUUUAGUAAAGGGGCCAAGGCGGGUUUCCGACCUUUUAUUUAAAAUCAAAAGUUAUCAAUUGAUGGAUCGAAUCAUGGACGCGACGAAAACGACGCGAUGAUUGACUGGUUAAACGCGAUAUGGGUAUAGUCAUUUUUAGUACCACCAGAAUAGCUUUCAGUAUUUUUCAUUUAAUGUCAAGUUAUUAAUCAUUGUUUUAAAAUCGCGUCGCGUGAAUUCCAAUUGACUCUUUGACAUCUUCCUCAGUUUGGCAAAAAUAAAUAGGUUAUCGAGUAAGUAUGUAAUUUCAUUUGCUUUUGUUAUUUAAUUUUUUUUGAUAGUCCGCAUUACGCACGUUACGUAAAAAAUAUUAGGAAUUUUAGGUUUUUAUAGGCUUUUAUGUUGCUCAUAACACUGUUUUUUCGGAUAGGUAUAAUGUACUUAUAAUUUGUUUCAUGUACAUUAAGUAUUAACAUCAAAUUAAAGAAUUUUUAAUAAUCCUCGCGUUGAGGGUUUUUUUUUAUUUGUUAAACAACAAAAUGUAAUAUUAUUAUUCAAACGACAACAAUAAUGACGUUCUACUAGUUUUAUUUAAUGUAUUUAGAACAAUUAUAAACAUUAUAUACACAAUUUUGUUGUUUUUUUAGACAAAAUUCAGCUUAGGAUAUUAAAUGCUCAUUUAAAAUGUUAUGUGAUACUUUAGAAACUUGGAUAUCAAUGAUGAUAUGAAUAUAGUCAGUUGACAGUUAGCUAUACUGGCCAAUUUAUUCUUAUUAUAUAUAUAUAUAUAUAGAGAGAGAGAGUGAGAGCAACUUUUAUUGAAUAAAGCGGACUUCCUGUCUAACAGGUUGCUUAUAAUGACACAGUAUACUUAUCAGGCAUUCUGUUAUUGGUUAUAAUUUGGGUCUAAGAUGAAAAUUAUUAUACAUAUAAAUUUAGUUGGUAGUAGGUAUAGGUAAAUAAUUACAUAUUUAAAUCUUUAAAUUUAGUAGUAAGUUGUAACUUAUAAAAUAUAACGUAAUAGACACUGUCUUAAUAUUGAUCGCAAAUCAUGUUUAAAUGUCUGUGUAUUAUAUUUAACAUGUCUUUCAUUAUUUUUAAACAGAUUAUUUUUAGGUCUACUUUACUGAACAUAUUAGUUUUGAAGAAGCCACAUAUUAUAUACAUGUUAUUGUGGGCAAAUAUAUGUUUAUUUAUCCUCGUUUACUGCUUCAUUUUGGUUAGUAUUGUUUGACCCCCUGUUCUGAUUUACUGAUUCCGUUUCUAUGAUGUAGUUGACUUCUUUGUGGACUUCAAAAUAACGUCUUCUGAAUAGAUUUGUAGAAUAUUAAGAUGUUAGUUCUAUUAAAUAUAAAAAUUAAUUAAUUACUUUAGUUUUACCAAGUACAACAGUAUGCCUAAUAUUUUGUAUCACAGAAGUCAAGUAAUAUAAGUCAUAAAAUUCAAAUCUAUCAUGAAAUUAUCUAGCUAGAUAUAUAAAUUUCCGUAUUCCUAACAUAGUUUAGGAUUUAUGAUACCUCUUACUAGGUAUACAUGAAUUUAUUGUGUAUUGGUUUGUGUUACUUAACUUGUGGUAGCUAGAAAUUCUAUGUCACAAAUUAAUUAGAUUUAAUGUUAACCCGUUUCGAAUGUCAUAUUUAGGUGCGUGGAGUAAAUAUAAACCCCCACAGUAAUAAUGUUUACAACUUUAUUACACUUUUGAUAAAUACAAUAAUAAUAUGAAACCAGAAAUAGUUUAUAAGUGUAUUAUUCAAAGUUAUUAAGGCGAAUAAACUUCCACAUCUAUUAUUUUAUUUCCUAUGCAUAAUACAAAGAAGUUUAACAAAUUUUUAACUAUUCAUAUUGCAUUAUAAUAAAUAGUAGUAUUCAUUUAUUACAGUUGAUAUUUGAUUUACAAUAAUGAGUGAAGAUAAUGAAAAGAUAGAACUUGAGCCAGGUAAGCCGACUUGUAUAGAGGAAUUUGAUUAUGAAGGACCAAGUGUAUGUCCAAAAUUACCUGAGGAUUCAAGUAACUCUGACGGAUACAAAGAAGAAUUCGACAAUUUUCAUGAUGAUGAUGAAGAAAAAGAAAAAACCUCGGAAAAAACAGAAAUAGAAGAACCAUUAUUUGUUGAGGAUAGAACUAGUAAUUUCACUCUAGAAAUAGAAUUUGAGGUACAUUCUGUUUGUACAUUUUUAAAUUUUCUAUUGUUGUUUUCAUGGGUUAACUAUAUAUUAUAAUAGAACAAGUUAAAUGAUAUUUAUCAUUUAUUAUUAUUCUAUGAUAAAAAAACACAAUAGUAACGUAAGUUAAAAUAAAAACAAAAACCUUGUAAUAUUUUUAUAUGCAUAAUAUAUAAAUAGUUAAAAAUAAUAACAGUUUGAUCAGCAUAUUGUAGAUCAUUAUAUCAAUAUAUUUAGUUUUUAUUAAAUUUAAAUUAAAAUUUACUUUUUCUAUUAAUUUUCAAAACCACGUGAGCAUAUGUUAACAUUUAGGGCUUUAUUUUGUUGUCCUGCUCUAAAAACAACUACAUAAUUAAACUUCGAUUAUUUUAAUGAGCAGUGUAAUAAUCACUAUGCUUAAAUAAUUUGUUAUAAUAAUAUCUUUUUUUAUUUUGAAUAAAUAACUAUCAUUAUUGUGAAUUAUAAAUAUGUACAUUCAAAAAUCAGUUGAUAUUUCUGAUGGGUGUGCCACAGUUUUAAGUGGGAAGUUGGGAAAGUAGGAUUUAUUAUGUAGUAAUUUAAUACAGAAUUACAACAAUAAAACAAAAGCCAUAGAAAAAAGGAUGGACAUACUUUGCAUGUGGGUGCAGCUACUAUUGUACAUGGGAAUUAGGGAAGGUAGGAUGCAGACAGGAAUUUAAUGUAUAUCUGUAAACACCGAUAAACCAUUGCAAACAAAAAUUUUUUUAUUGCCAAAACAUCCAGGUUUUCCUCAUUAUCUCGAAUAUUAAUGAGAAUUUCAAAAAAUUAAUUUUCUUCAGUACACCUAGACAUUCCCCUUCAGGAAAGAUGCUAUACUUGCUAAUCAGAGUAAGUUUUCUGGCUGAGAAAAUGUUUACAUAAAAAAAAAAAAAAAAUAUCUUUGUAAAACUAAUACAUUUUUCGCUAAACUCAAAAUCUGAAAUGUAGUAAAAUUAAUAAAUUAUUUUUUGCUACUCUGAGAAUCUAAAAAAUAGUAGAUGCAUUUACAAGUUAAACUUUUUACAACAUGUUUAUUAUGUCAUUUGACAAUGGUGUUUCAAGAAUAAAUAGGUAAAUAGAGUAUGCAAUAUUAUUCGUAGUAAGACUAAAGGGUUAAAUGUCAGACAUUAAAGUUUUGGAGUUUUAUGUCUCCAGUAGAUUUUUACACAGCUUCUGGUAUUUCUAUUUAUAGUAUUUGCUUGAAAUUUGUUAUGCUCAAAACCCAAUCUGUGUGGUAGUAUACAGGAAAAACUAUACAAUUUUGUCUCUAAUUCCCUAGUGUCUUGAUUUAAACAUAGAUCUUCCAAAUAGUAAGUAUGUCUGACAAUGUAUUAACUUUGAGUCAGUUGAUCAAUGAAAACAUAAUAUUCCAUGGUAGGGAAAAUAAUUUUCAUAAAAAUGUGUUUAUUUUUGAAUUAAUAUAUUUCUUUUGAAUAAUCUAUUUUAUAAUAAUAUUUAUAAAUAUAAUUUUUUAGGAUCCAACAGCUCAUGAAAACUCUAAAACAGAUACUGGUUUUAAACAAAAUACUUGUUGGAAUUGUAAUUCAGUAAAUCAUGCCUUAAACAAUUGUCCAAAACCCAAAAAUUAUAAAUUAAUUAAUUAUAAUCGUAAUGCAUUCCAUUUACAAAAAAGCCAACAACAAAGAUUUGGUGGUGGUAACAGGUAAUAAUAAUUGUUAAUAUUUGUAAUAAAACUCAUGCCAGUAAAGAUUUUCUGUUAAUAUUAAAUAUAUAUAUAUAUAUAUUUUUUAAAUAUAUGGAUAAGUAUUUAGAGAAAAAAAAAAUACCUAAUUAAAUUAAAUUGUUUAGAUUUAGAAAAAAUCUACGUUACUUUGUUGAGGACAAGAAAUUGUCAGGUUCUAAUUUGAUAGUUGGCAAAUUAAGUGACGAAUUGUUAGAAGCAUUAGGAUUGCCUCAAAAUGGAAUUCCCGCACAUGUUUAUAAAAUGCGGGAAAAUGGUUAUCCAAGAGGGUGGCUUGAAGAAGCCAAAGAAGAUUAUUCAGGAAUAACAAUAUUUACUGCACCUAAUGAAAGUAUGUAAUAAUUAUUUUUUCAUAUAAUUUAUGUUUAUUUCUUAAUGAUUUAAAAUUUUUUUGAAAUAUUUUAUUUUAUGAAAUACUUAGAUAAAUCAACAAACAUUUUUUUGUUUCUUAAGAGUUUAAAUUAAUAAUGAAUAAUUUUAUUUUUUUAUUCAUAAUACAACUUCAACUACUAAGAUUAUGUUUAACUUACAAAAAUAAAGACUAUUUAAGUUAAAAGAGUUAAGAAACAAUAGUAUGUUUAAAUUGAGUUGUUCAUGUUAUAUAUGUAUGAAUAUUAAUUAAUUAUAUAAUAUAAAUAAAAUUAACUAUUUCUUUAUUUAAAGAUUUGCAUACACAUAAUAAAGUAAAAAUACAAAAUUGUAUUUUAAUAAUUUCUUAAAUUGUUCAGAUGAAAAGUAAUAUUUUGUAUCAAUAUAAUGUUAUAUAAUAAAUACAAAAAAUUGUCUAGAAUAAAUCGGUGUGGUUUUCCCUUUAAAAUUAAAUCUGUCUUUUAAAAAUGUGUAAAUGAGUAAACCAAUGUAAAAAUAUAACAAAUUAGUUUACUUUUUUUCCAUUUGGCCUAAAAGGUAGUCAAUGAUUACCCAUCCUGGCUUGUCUCCAUCACAAAUUUGUUAUUCUCUCCUUAUUCAAUUUUUAAUUUUUUUUUUACAUAUAAGCUAUUCACACACAUUUUAUAACUUUUAUUACAAUCAUAACCAUGCAUUUUAUGAUGUAAACACAACCAAAAUUAGUUUUUCAAUGUAUUGAAAAUUGUCUUAAUGGACACCUGUAAGAGUAACAUAAUAAAAAGAUAGGCAUUCCAAUGGGAAUGGAUAGGUAUUUCAACCUGUCUAUAAUGGACUCUUUUUAUGGGUACAGACAGUAAUAUUUUUCACUAAAAUCUUGAUAAUGGACAACUUUUUUGGUUCAAAAUUAAAUAUAUUGCAAAAAUAUGUACAUAUAUACCAUGUAGCAGUUUAUUUUAAACACUGAUCAUGACAGAUUACAUGUUCGGUAAUAAGGAUAAAGUUAAUUGGAGGAUGGAAAACAUGUAUAUUCAGCGUUUACUCCAUAUUGCUUCACUAUUAUUAUAGUAUUGUACAUUUUUCUGUUCAUUUUAAUUUUUCUUUGCAAUGCCAUAUUAUAUUAUACCUGUCUAUUACAGACACCUGUCUAUAACAAAGACCAUUUUUUGUGGUCUCAUAACUGUCUAUUAAAUAUAUGUUUCACUGUAUUUAUGUUAAUUGAUUAUUGGGUUAAUAAAUGUUAUAUUUGUGCCAUAAUAAUCUAUACAGUUCAAUGGUAAACAAUUUUAUCUAAUGAAUACAGAGAAUAAAUAUUAAGAUACAAUACUUUGAUUCUAUUUCCAUUUAAACGAAAAUGUAAUUUAAAUUCUUGAUCUGUUAAUUUUGGUACUGAUAACUUGAAUUUUCAUCAUUCUCAGAAGUCAAUAGUAAUUAUAUCUUUACUAUAGUCAUAUCCUUAAUUAAUAGAAUCCAGUAAAUGAACAAACAAGUGAAAUAGAUAAAUAACAAUUUUUAGUUUGGGUUUUGUAAAAUUAUAGCAUAAUAAUUAUAAAUUAUAAGCAAUUGAAUUUACACAUGUUUUCAUUAAUAGGCAAGAGUUGAGGCAAUAUAGUUGGGAAUGUGUCUUUUAUUUAAAAAGUACUCUUUGAACAAUUUUAAUUAAAAAAGUUUGGAUCAUUGAAAAAUAAUCCUAACCACUUGAGUUAUAUUUUGUUAAUUAUUAUAGUAUUUAUGUAUUAUAUAAUAUAGGUACUGGAAUUUUUUAGUUUGCAAUUAACAAUACAUUAUCAUGACAAAAAUAAAAUAGGUAAUAAGGAAAUUAAGUUAGGAGUGUGGGCAAACUGGUUUAUUCCUGAAUUUCUAAUUAAUUAUGUUAAAUAUAUUUACAUUAUGAUGAUACAUCAGAAUCAAUUAAAAUAACUUGUAUCCCAAACUGGUUUAUUCUAGGAGAAUUUUGGAUAAAAACCAAGUCAUUUUUUUUAAAUCUAUGUUUUCUCUUAUUAAACUAUUUAAUUUAAAUCUCUAUGUAAAGAUGAGUUUUUUCUAUGUAUUUAUCAUUUGGUUUUUAUAUUAAGUCUAUUUUAAUUUUUUUUUCAACUAUACAAUAUUAGUUAAAAGAUUAUAAUGCUAAAUCUGUAGUACUUAAAUUUAUAUUUUUCUAUUCACACAUUAAAUACUUAUCUUUAUUUUUUAAUAUAAUUAAAAAUUAACAAUAAUUUAAUUUUCAGGUCUGCCACACCCCCGAGAUGAUGAGUUCUAUUGCGAUAUAAAUGUGAAAAAACUACAUUUGUAUCCUGGCUUUAAUGCGCCUUGUCCUCCUGAUGCCAUUGAUGUAAGAUUUCAUUUAAUACAUUUAAAUUUAAUAAGUACAAACCAUAAUUAAUGCUAUAGAAAUCAUUGUCAAACAUGUUUAGUAUGUUUCCUGAGUUGUUAGUACUAUGUAACUUUCAAACCUUUAUCAACAAUGUUUGCUUAACUAUAAAAAAGUUCAAUUCUGCUAAUCAACAUUUCCUCACUCUGAUGUUUAUUUAAAUACCAUCUUUUGAAUUAACAUUGGUUGUAUUUUUUUUUGUUCCAUAAUAUUAUAGAUUUAUUUUUAUACACUAACAAAUAAAUUGAAUGAUUGACUUUCGCUGGUUUAUCAGUUAUGUAACUAACUGAUAUGGAUUCAAAAUAUAUUAAACUGUUGUUAAAUACAUUACAAUUAUAAGAAUACUAGCUAAUUGAAAAAUAAAAUAUUGCCUAUGUCAGAUACUUUUUCCUUUAAAUAAAUGUUAAACUAAUAAUCUACAAUAGUGAUAUUUUUGAGCACCUAAUAUUAAUUAUUGUUAUAAUAGUACAUAAAUCGAUAUGUUUUCAGAACAAUUAUAAAUAAAUAUUUUUUUCAUAUAAUAUUUUAUUUUUGUAUAAAUAAUAUUGUUUAUUGUGUUAUAAUAAUCACAGUUUAAAAAUUACUUUUAACAUACUUGCAUAGUUCAAAUUUGAAAUUGUUGAUAGAUAUUUUAAAAUCCUAAUAGAAAACCAUAUUUAGUGACAUUUGAAUGGGUAUUUAAUAUUUAUUAUUGAACAUUUAUUCACUAGUGUUUUCUAAUAAAGCUGAUUAGUAUUUUUUGCAUAAUAAUGAAUAAUUGAUAAUAAGUAUGUAAAUAAAGUAAUAAGAUUGGUAGAUCAUGUAAUUUGGAAAAUCUAGUGACUUUCUGUUUAAUGAGGGGGUAGGUUAACAUCUAAUGCACCUUUUGGUAUGAGUUUGAACUCCUUAGUAACAUUUCUUUUAAUUAGUCUUCUAAUUUAUGAAUCUUAUUUAUUAAAUCUAAUUAGUGAUUGUUUUUAUAAACAGGUUUUUCUUGUUCUGCAACAAAUUUUGUUUUUAACUUGGAUACAGUUCCAUAGAAAACUCAGUCGGUAUAUGAAAAAUUUUUUUUUUCAAAGUCCCAGAUUUUUAGAUGGUUUAAGGCUUUUUUAGGUGGAAAAGUUAGUUGAAGAUAAUCCUCUUAAUAGAUCUUCAACUACAAAGAAUGAUAAAAAUGUUCAUCCCACUGUGUCCAAGUAUUAAAUGAAAUCAAAAACCAUAUCAUUUCUCAAAAUUGUCCACUUUUCAGAACACACAAGAAAAUACAGGUUUACAAUUACAAUAUCUAAGGGAUAUAGUUCAAACUAGUACUGAAAGCUCAUUAGAUGCUAGCCUGCCCAACCAAAAACCCAUUAGUGAUGCCAGAUGCCAGAUGCCAGAUGCAUGUUACAUUACCAGUCUCAUUACUUUAUUUAUACACCUACAAAUUAUUUAAUUAUUUAAUCAAUAAUUAUAAUAUUUUAAACAUUAAUUGUUAAGUUAUUAUUUUUUACGUAUACAUUUUUAAAUUUGAAUCUAGUUAAAAAUUAAGUAAUCAAAUAAAAUAUUAUUUUUAACAAAUAAAUUCAUUAAAAAAAAAAAAAAAAAUAAACCUUAACAACUUAAUUAUGUCAUUGAUACUAAAGAUAAACAAACUUUCAUUUUAACUCUUUAUUUAUGUAUUUUUAUUGUUCUAGGAAUAUGAAAAAUAUGGUUGUCCUCAAUAUGAUCCUGAGCAAAGUCUUUCAAAUAUGGUUCAAAAAUUAAGAGAUCAAAAAACUGACAAAAGUUUAACAGACUCACAGGAAGAUAAUUUUGAAGACACUGGAUUUGCAUCUUCUUGUGGUAAUAAUAAAUAUUUGUAUUUAUUAAUUUAAUUUAAUGUAUAUGUACACUAAAUAUAAUAUAUUAAUAUUUGCAAAAUAUACAUAAAUUAAUGAAUUAAAUAAGAAAAGACUAACAUAAUUUGCAGGGUUUUUAUAAUUUGGUAAUUUGAGUGGGCCACUAUUGUAGGUGAAAAGGUAAAAAUUAAUACCUCAAAAAUGGCUUAAAUAUGUUUUUUUAAUUUUACCAUGUUUGUAAUAGGUAAAUACUACAACAAGGUUUUUGUCCAAAUUUCAUGUUUAUCAAUAUUUUGAUCUAAAUUUCAGCAUAAAAACUGAAUUGAAAAUAAUAAAAACAUUAUUUUCAUAAUUUUUAAAGUUUUUCUGGUUUUAACCAUUUAUUAUAAAAACUCCUCUGGAAACAAAAAAUGACCUCUUUAAAGUACUAUCUUAGGAAAUUUCAGAAAAUGUGCUACACUUGAAAAUCAGAGCAAGAUUUCUGGUAGAAUUUUUAUAUAGAGUUUAAAAAGCAAUAGAAAUACGAAUCAUCUAUAUGAGUUAGGAAGGUAGAAUAUUACAGGGUGACUUUUAUCAUGAACCAGCAAUUUUCUCAGUGGAUUUUAAGUGAAUUUGAUUUUUAUUCUUUUUUAUCAUAAAAUUGGUUAAGCUUUAUUUUAAAACCAUUUACCCCUACUCCAUGUAGUUAUAGAUAUGCAAUUCAUUAUCCUUCCCUACUCCUUUAGUCUAAACUUUAAAUGAUUUUAACUUAUAAACAGUAAAUCUGAUAUUAGUGUUAUUCAUAUUAAAAUGUCUAGAAAAAUAUGCUUUUAUUAAAAUUUGUGUUAAAAAAAAGGGGGCUUCCUAUUUAAAAAACAAAAGCUAACUUAUUUAAGGUAUAUGAAGUAGGGGUAAAAAAUUAAAAAUAGUUUUAAAAUAAAGCUUAUCUGAUUUCAUAAUGAUUAAAAAAAAAAAACAGAAAAUUCACUUAAAAUCCCUAAAAAAAAUUGCUGGUCUAUGAUAAAAGAAAUCACUAUAUAUUAUAAAUUGGGUGGUAAAAUUUCUAUUGCUAAUAAAAAACGAUUCUGAACAAAUUUAAUUGACUAUAUUUUUGUUUUUCAUCAAAAUUUGAACCUAUUGUUAUAAUUUAGAAUCAUUAUUGAUAGGCAAAAACAAUAUUAUCUACAGAAAACAAAAAAAAUUUAAAAUGGGUAUAUGUUUUAAAAAAAUUGUCUGAAUGUUUUUACUAUUUUAGUAAGGUUUAAUAUAAGUAAUUGGAGGUAGAUUAUAGGUUCUACAAUUAUUUUUAACUGAAAUGAAAAAAACAAAAAUCCAAAAUAACAGAAACUGUUUUUGAAUACAUUUUUUUUAAUUAUUAAGAAUGUGUUAUUACUCAUAGUAAAAUUAAAAAAGGAUACCAUCAAUAUCCACUAACUAGACAAUUUACUAACAUUAAAUCAUUCCUGAACUUAAUUUUUAGUAGAAAAGUUGUUAACAAUAAAAGAGCCAAUACCAGAGAUGGGUGUGGCUACUGUUGUAGGUUGGAAGUUAGGAUGGCAGAAUAUAGAGGGGAAUUUAAUUUAUAUAUAUAUAUAUGUAAAAUUAAUCACUGCUAAUGAAAAAUGAUUCUAAGGGGAGCUUGGGAAAUAGUGUAUUGCUUUUUCUAUAAUGUGCAUUUUCACAAAACAAUGAAUUUUUUCCUCACUACUCUUAUAAUUUAAAAGAAUUUGAUAAUUAUAUUAAUUAGCAUUUAUUAAUUAUUUCUUCUUUGUGAAGAAAAAAAUAACUUACGAUGUAGUAAAACACAUUGAAAACAAUCGCACUAAGACAAUUUCCUGCUUUGUACUUUUAUUAUUUUUUUUUUUUUUGUGUAAGUAAUGACUACAAUGUUAUAUAUCAUUCAGUAAUAUUCACAAUUACAGCCUCUUGGUUCAGGAAUUAUCAAGAUUUUUAAAAAAAAAAAAAACAUUAAUCAGGUAAUUACUGAUAAUAUUUCUUCAGCUGAUGUAACUACUAUAGAGGAUGAUACAAUACUGAUUCUCUCAUUAACAAAUAGACUUGAUAAUUUUAAUGAGUUAAGAUGAUUAGUUGCAAAUAGUUCUGAAAUUAGGUAUAUCUUAAAAGUGCAUGAUUUAAAAAAAAAAAGAAAAAAACAUGCUUUUGAUUUAUUGUUAAAUGUUUUAUUGAUAAUGAUUAUUAUUGUAUCUUUAUACAUUUGUUAAAAAAAUGUUCAAAUAACAACCUUUUUAAUUACAGUUUAAAUCGCACAUUUUUAAAUGUUGGUGUGUUAUUUUAACAUAUUGAAAAUAGUUUUUAGUUAUAAUUUUUUUUAAAAAAAAUACCUCUCCCUUACCUAUAUGUUAUUAUUUUAAUAAUAAUUGAAUUUCAUUUAUAUAUUUUUCCCUUAGAAGAUAUGAAAACUAUGGAAGAAGACAAUUCAAUUGAUAAAUCACCCUCAUCACCAGAAGAUGGAGAAAUUACUGAAGAUGAGGACUAUUCUAUAGAUACAAACAAUACAUCUAUUGAACAAGAUGUACCAGUAAGAUAAAUGAUUACAAUUUGAUAUUUAUUUCUCAUAGAUAAUAAUUAAUAUAUUUGAUAGAGGAAUUUUCCAAAUGUGUGUGAGAGAGGAGCAAAUAUAAUUCAAACAAAUUAGAAUGAUUACAGUGUACUAAUAGCAAUUGGAAACAUUCUACAUUCUAUAUCCCUGCAUAGAGUCCUGAAAUUUGAAUUUGUUGUUAUUAUUAAAUGUAAUAACGAAUAACUAGACUGUGCAGAGAUAAUAUUAUAUUGUUUACAUAGUUUAUAGUAAUAGUAGAAUUAAUAUAUUCUAUUAUAACAGUGGUCUUCAACUGGUGUGUCUUUAAUGGACGUAAGCUUUAAAAAAGGGUUGAUAAGUCUUCUAUUUAAAAUUAAAAAAAAUUAAAAUAUGCAUAAUUUUAAUAAUGUAUACUUAUUACUUCCACUUAGAAAAAACAUUUUUUGUACUGUAUUAUUGUUCAGUUUGCUACUGAAUUAUUCUAUGUGGUAUGAUGUGACAUUGGAUAUAAUAAUUUAUUAUUUAUUAUUAGUAAACUGUACCAUCUUAUACUAAUAGACAAUAAAAAUCAGGCGUGGUGUUUAGAGAGGGCAUAGGGGCCAUGGCUUUCCCUAGAUAUCAAACUAGCUAUAAAUAAUUUCUUUCAGAAAUCUGUAUAGUAGUUCAUAAAUUAUAAUCAUGGCCUAUGCAGAUAGUUGUGCUAUUACAUUAAGUAGUAAAGGGUCACAUUGACUGACUGACAUCUAGUCAUUUUAGUUAAAAGUAUAAUUUUUGGACCAGAAGGAUAUUCCUUCUCCUCCCCUAGAAGCAGAACCAAAUCGGCCACUGAUUAGAAUAAACAAUCAAAUUCUAUUAAUGUUUCUAACAAUAUAACUACAUGAAAAGGGGUUUUCUACUAUGUCCAAUAUUUUAAAGGCUAAAAAGAAAUAAACUUUAAACAAAACAUAAUAUGUGGAUUGUAUAGUACAAUAUUGAGAUGUAGUAUGUUAUAUAAAAACAGCUAUGGUUAAAUAUUGCAGUAUUCUUUUUCUUUUUUUUUUUUUUAACAAUAUAUGUAUUUUUUUUUUAAAUAUUACUUAUAAAAAUAAUACUUUUAUUUUUUCAGUAAUAAAAGCACUUCUUUAAUGGCAUACUAAGACACUAAGGAAUUUAAACUUUUUUUUUUAAAUUUUCAUGACUAACAACAAAGUUGACAUUAGUCUUGAAAAAUGUAUGGUAAAAAAAAGUGGGUCUUAUGUCAAAAGACCACUGUAUUAUAAUAUAAUAUUUUGUUGAUUGUUAUAGUUUAAUAAAUAACCUUUAUCAUUCUUUUGUCAUAAUUAUACAAAAAAGUAUAUGUAUAUUUAUUUUUUAGACUAUAUCUAAUGAAACCAAUGAAUUGGUAGUGUCAGAUGAAAUAACCGAUGAACAAAAUAAUUCAGAAGAAAUCAAAAGCAGUAUUGAUAUUUCAGAAUCCAUAAAUGAAUCCAUAAAUGAAUCCAUAAAUGAAUCCAUAAAUGAAUCUCAAUCAAGUCCGACUAAUAUAAUAAUUACUGAAAAUGAAACACCAUCUACAAGUUUAAAAAGGAAAUUUGGUGAGGUAAAAUCAGAAAUUUUAGGUACUCCAGUUCUUAAACGUUUUUCUACAUAUACAAAUCGACCAAACCAUGAACAAUUUGCAAAAGGAAUGGUUGAUAUGAUUGAUCAUGAAAACCUACCUCAUGCAACAGGAACAUUUAAAAAAUUAAAAGAAUUGUUAAAAGAUGUCCGUAAAACAUUGAGUGGUGAAUUAUAAUAAUAAAUUCAUUGAUGAUUAUUUGUAUAUUUUUUAAUACACUGAUAUUGUUUUAAUCAAUUAUUCUAUUUGAUUAAGUAUAAUUGGUUCAAUAACUUAUCUUAAAACUAAAUUUAUAAACAGACUUAAAAUUUAUAUUUCAUUCACUAAUUUUUAGAUGUUUUAUUUAUUUUUAUUCUUCAUUUUAUACUUAAUUUAGUCAUUUACUUGCUAUAAAUUUAAGUAUAUUUAUAGAUAAUAUAAAUAUUUUAGUUGAGAACUAAAAUAUAAUUAUAAAAAACAUCAUGUUUUGAAGUUUUUUUUAAAUGCACAAUUUUUUAUUUUAAUUUUGAUUUGUUAAUUUUUUUUUUUUUUUUUUUAGUUCUGGUCCUUAAGACCAUCCUGAAAACUCUAAACUUUGCCACCUGAGUUGUAUCAAAAAUAUUUGUUCUCUCAUCGAUAGCUCAGAUGAUAAAAACAGUCUAGUGGUGGCAUAAUAUCUUUCAAUUGUGAAAAUAUAUUACUUCCUAAUUCCUCAGGUCACCUCACACAUGUUCGAGUCGAAAGGCUGAUUUCUUCAAAUAGUUAUAUUUUUUCUGGAUUUAUUUUAUUCGCUAUAGCUAACAUACAUUUAAAAAAAGUUUAAUGUCAGUGAAUGGGUGAUUGUUUUUAUCAUCCGCAUAUGCUAGCAUUCCAAUUCUGAUCUGUCCUAAUAUAACUCCCUCCGAAAUGUUUAUCUCAUGUAUUACCCUCUCCAGUACUAAAUUAAACAGCAUUGGAGACAAAACAUCCCCUUGCCUGUCAUUACUCUAGUUGGCUGCUAUGUUACCUUACCUAUCUUGACCUGUAUAUCUGUAUGAAUGAGAUUGGCUCCAAUGAGAUUAAUAAUUUUUCUGGGGAAUUUGAAAUCUUUGAGAAUGUUUAAAAGACUUUCACUAUGUAUAGAGUCAUAAGCUUUUCUGAAAUCCACAAAUAACACGUGUACCUCCUUGUCAAAUUCCAAANG